AUGAAGGCUACACUCCUGACCCUGACCACACACACCUCUGUGUCCGCAGCGACUGGGCUCGGAACGAAGGCUGUGGAUCAGAGAGAGAGUGAGGAGGAUCAGAAAGAGAGUGAGGAGGAUCAGAAAGAGAGUGAGGAGGAUCAGAAAGAGAGUGAGGAGGAUCAGAAAGAGAGUGAGGAGGAUCAGAAAGAGAGUGAGGAGGAUCAGAAAGAGAGUGAGGAGGAUCAGAAAGAGAGUGAGGAGGAUCAGAAAGAGAGUGAGGAGGAUCAGAAAGAGAGUGAGGAGGAUCAGAAAGAGAGUGAGGCGGAUCAGAAAGAGAGUGAGGAGGAUCAGAAAGAGAGUGAGGAGGAUCAGAAAGAGAGUGAGGAGGAUCAGAAAGAGAGUGAGGAGGAUCAGAAAGAGAGUGAGGAGGAUCAGAAAGAGAGUGAGGAGGAUCAGAAAGAGAGUGAGGAGGAUCAGAAAGAGAGUGAGGAGGAUCAGAAAGAGAGUGAGGAGGAUCAGAAAGAGAGUGAGGAGGAUCAGAAAGAGAGUGAGGAGGAUCAGAAAGAGAGUGAGGAGGAUCAGAAAGAGAGUGAGGAGGAUCAGAAAGAGAGUGAGGCGGAUCAGAAAGAGAGUGAGGAGGAUCAGAAAGAGAGUGAGGAGGAUCAGAAAGAGAGUGAGGAGGAAAUCAGAUCAAAAGAGAGUGAGGAGGAUCAGAAAGAGAGUGAGGAGGAUCAGAAAGAGAGUGAGGAGGAUCAGAAAGAGAGUGAGGAGGAUCAGAAAGAGAGUGAGGAGGAUCAGAAAGAGAGUGAGGCGGAUCAGAAAGAGAGUGAGGAGGAUCAGAAAGAGAGUGAGGAGGAUCAGAAAGAGAGUGAGGAGGAUCAGAAAGAGAGUGAGGAGGAUCAGAAAGAGAGUGAGGAGGAUCAGAAAGAGAGUGAGGAGGAUCAGAAAGAGAGUGAGGAGGAUCAGAAAGAGAGUGAGGAGGAUCAGAAAGAGAGUGAGGAGGAUCAGAAAGAGAGUGAGGAGGAUCAGAAAGAGAGUGAGGAGGAUCAGAAAGAGAGUGAGGAGGAUCAGAAAGAGAGUGAGGAGGAUCAGAAAGAGAGUGAGGCGGAUCAGAAAGAGAGUGAGGAGGAUCAGAAAGAGAGUGAGGAGGAUCAGAAAGAGAGUGAGGAGGAUCAGAAAGAGAGUGAGGAGGAUCAGAAAGAGAGUGAGGAGGAUCAGAAAGAGAGUGAGGAGGAUCAGAAAGAGAGUGAGGAGGAUCAGAAAGAGAGUGAGGAGGAUCAGAAAGAGAGUGAGGAGGAUCAGAAAGAGAGUGAGGAGGAUCAGAAAGAGAGUGAGGAGGAUCAGAAAGAGAGUGAGGCGGAUCAGAAAGAGAGUCAGGAGGAUCAGAAAGAGAGUGAGGAGGAUCAGAAAGAGAGUGAGGAGGAUCAGAAAGAGAGUGAGGAGGAUCAGAAAGAGAGUGAGGAGGAUCAGAAAGAGAGUGAGGAGGAUCAGAAAGAGAGUGAGGAGGAUCAGAAAGAGAGUGAGGCGGAUCAGAAAGAGAGUCAGGAGGAUCAGAAAGAGAGUGAGGAGGAUCAGAAAGAGAGUGAGGAGGAUCAGAAAGAGAGUGAGGAGGAUCAGAAAGAGAGUGAGGCGGAUCAGAAAGAGAGUGAGGAGGAUCAGAAAGAGAGUGAGGCGGAUCAGAAAGAGAGUGAGGAGGAUCAGAAAGAGAGUGAGGCGGGUGUGAGCAGAGAGGAGGAAAUGCAGGUUUUCACACCGAGAUAA